CCUCACGCAGAUGCCCAAAGCGCCGUGGGCAUAGAAGUCUCCAAACCCCAGAAUUCUACUUACUUCACCGAACCCCAGUAGAUUAGAGCAUAAAAUAGCCUAAUGUUAAUUAUAGUUAUUUAAAUUAAUUCAUUAAUAUAGCCUUAUAGUUUUCUUUCCAACACCUUAGUUUGCCUUUCCAAGAGACCUCUUUGUGCAAACUCUUUUAUACUCUAUGUGCACGUCCCCGGGACUUACUGCACAUCCCCAGUCGGUGUUGCUGAUGCCAUGCCCCGCAACCACAGUGGCGAUGAGGCCGGUACUGGGCUCUGGAUGAAAACCUCUCCAGGGCGUCGGGCUCAGAACUAUAGGUUGAAAGAUGUGGAGUCUGGACGGAGGAUGAUGAACAACACUGUUCGAGUCGGAGACGGGAUGCUUUCGCCGGACGCUGCAGGUGCAGGGGGCGCGGAGAGGCGAAAGGGCGCCCGGUUGAGUUUGCUCGGGAAGCCGCUCAUCUACAGCGCGCAGAGCGGGCGCAGGAACGCGCACUACCGGCGUCUCCAGAAUUACCUAUAUAAUGUACUGGAGAGACCCAGGGCAUGGGCGUUCAUCUACCACGCCUUCGUGUUCAUCUUGGUGUUUGGCUGUCUGGUCCUGUCAGUGUUCUCCACAAUCCCUGCCCAUCAGGACCUGUCCAACCACUUUCUGCUCAUCCUGGAGUUUGUGAUGAUCGUGGUGUUUGGGCUGGAGUACAUCAUCAGGAUAUGGAGCGCAGGUUGUUGCAGUCGCUACAGGGGCUGGCAGGGACGCCUCCGCUUUGCCAGGAAACCCUUCUGUGUUAUAGACAUCAUUGUACUCAUAGCUUCCAUUGCUGUGGUGUCAGCGGGUAGCCAAGGUAACAUCUUUGCCACCUCAGCAUUGAGGAGCCUUCGCUUCCUGCAGAUCCUGCGAAUGGUGCGCAUGGACCGCAGAGGGGGCACCUGGAAACUACUGGGAUCUGUAGUCUACGCGCACAGUAAGGAGUUGGUGACAGCUUGGUACAUUGGGUUCCUGGUGCUCAUCUUCUCUUCGUUCCUGGUCUACCUCGUGGAGAAGGAGUUCAACAAAGACUUUGCCACCUAUGCCGAUGCUCUGUGGUGGGGCACAAUUACUCUGACGACCAUCGGCUACGGAGACAAGACUCCUCAGACGUGGACGGGUCGUCUGAUCUCAGCUGGCUUUGCUCUGAUGGGGAUCUCCUUCUUUGCCCUGCCUGCCGGUAUCCUGGGCUCAGGCUUUGCCCUGAAGGUACAGGAGCAGCACAGACAAAAACACUUUGAGAAGAGGAGGAACCCAGCAGCCAGCCUCAUCCAGUGUGUCUGGCGUAGUUAUGCUGCAGAUGAGAACUCGGUUUCCAUAGCUACCUGGAAGCCUCAUUUGAAGGCGCUGCAUACCUGCAGUCCUGCAAAGAAAGAACAGGGUGAGACGAUUAGCAGUACUAAGUUGAGCUUUAAGGAGCGGGUACGGAUGGCAAGCCCUCGCGGCCAGAGCAUGAAGAGCCGCCAGACGUCCAUCAACAACGACCGGCGCUGUUCCCCGGGCAACGAUGUGGCAGCAGCUGCUGAGAAGCGCAGCAGCCCUGCCAAGGUACAGAAGAGCUGGAGCUUCAACGACCGCACCCGCUUUAGACCCUCCCUACGCCUCAAAAGCCAAUCACGCACCGCGCCCUCCGAGGUGGACACAGGAAUGGGGAAUGAUGACACGUUCGACGACAGGGGCUGCCAAUGUGAUGUCACCAUGGAGGACAUAUCAGCUCCACAGAAGGCUGUCAUCAGAGCCGUCAGGAUCAUGAAGUUUCAUGUAGCAAAGAAGAAGUUUAAGGAGACUCUGCGUCCAUACGAUGUGAAGGAUGUGAUAGAGCAGUACUCUGCAGGACACCUGGAUAUGCUCUACAGAAUCAAGAGUCUACAGACUAGGGUGGAUCAGAUACUGGGUAAGGGCCAGAUCCCCAUGGACAAAAAGAUCAGGGACAAGCUUCACCCUGACAGGGACACACUGGAGGACAUGAGUAUGCUGGGACGUGUGUGUAAAGUGGAGAGACAGGUGACGUCCAUAGAGUCGAAGCUGGACUCUCUGCUAGAUGUGUACAGGCAGGUGCUGAAAAAGGACUCGUCUGCCCUCACCCUCUCCUCCCUGCCCCUGUUCGAGCUGGAGAACCAGACAUCCGACUACCAGAGCUCCAUCCUCAGCAAGGACCUGUCCUCUGGCUCCCCCCAGGGAGGGGAGGGCGUAAGAGGGCACCGAGGUGGAGGUGGUGGGGGGAUGUCCCGUUCAACAACAGGUGACCAUCUCCCCAGGGGCCUCCAGCUCAUCCUGGCCCCCAGCGAACUCACCCUCAACACCUGCCCCCCCUCCUACCCUGCCUCCACCGUAUCUCUCACACCCUCGCCCUUCCUGCCCCCUGAUAGCCCCUACCCGCUCCUCGCCAAGCCCAGUAGUUUCCCCAGACGAGCGCAUUUCCCUAACCUCCUGCCCCCUCCACCAUCCGCUGGUGCCACCACCCUCCAGCCGCCCCCCACUGGCCCUCAGCACAGACAACCCCUCAGCCCCACCCCGGAUGCUCCUCGAGGGGGUAGGCUGGAGGUGAGCUCAGGCCCCUCUGUGAUGGUGGGCUCCAGGGUGGACGAUGGAGAGGAGGAGGACAGUGAGGGGGGACAUGCCCAGGGCAGGGUGCAGCUGAGGGGGAAACCCCACUUGUGGGAAGAGGGCCCCUGGAGGAGGCACUUGAGCCUGGAAGUGGACCCCUUGCUGCUGCUCUCUUCUGGAUAUGAGGGGGUGCCCUCUGAGUGGGGACAGGGGCUGGGGAAGUCCCGGUCAGCACACAACCUCACCCAGCCAUUUGUAGACAACCCCCCCAACCUGUCCUCCCCCCUCGGCAACAGUAGCAGUUCCAGUGACGGCUCCCAUGGCAACCCCAACUGUGAUCUGGAGCCGCAGGUGGACCAGUUUGAUUUCCUGUCCCAUGAGAGUGACUUCCUGUCCCAUCCCACAUCGGACGGUACUGGCUGCUUGGACCUCUUGCGGACUGAAGAUGGGAGGUCCUCAAGCAGUUUGACCGGACCCCUCAUCCCCACAAUGGGCAGUGCAGAGUCCCUCAACCAGCUUCCCCAUGUACGACUAAAAUAACAUAGGAGUGAAUCAAAUAACCCCCUCCCCCCGGCACAGACAUUAACAAUAUGACCAUCCAGCAUAAAGGACUCACAUGACACUUGAAAAUGUUGAUUAUAACUUUGUUUUUGAGAUGUUUGAGAUGUCAAUCAAAGAUGUGCUCUCAUACAUAUCAUUGCAUGGACUAUUUCCUAAAACAGGAACAAGCUGAGAAACUAACAGGGGGAGGGGAGAUGGGGGAGGAAGAUUGAACAAAGAGAGGAUGGUCAAAUAGUUGUACUGUUUGCUCUCUCGACUAUGCAUGACCACUGCAUGUCUAAACUGCACUUCAGGGUCGAGAGCAUUCAAGCCCCCGAGCCCCUUCGAUAGCCCUGGAACCACAGUUAUGAUGGUUGAGUCCAACCUCAUAAGCCCACAUCUCACCUGUUUACCUGCACGUUCCAUUAAUGUAUCUUCCAAACCCUUGAGAGGCAAUUUGGAGCAGUCAGCUAUUAUUAUCCAAAUAUUCCUAACAAGCUCACAAUUUAGUAAUAGAUAAUGCAAUAAUUAAUUUGAUAUUAACAUAACAAGAUAACCCUAUUGAAGUAAAGUUGUCAAUUAUUUUCCUAAUAAAUUGUACAAUCUU